AUGAAUCCAUAUAAUUAAUAUCCUCCAGCAUAAGGUUAUCCUUCUGCAUAAGGCUAUCCUCCCGCAUAAGGCUAUCCUCCUGCAUAAGGCUAUCCUCUAGCAUAAGGUUAUCCUCUUUAAUAGCCUUAUUCAGGAUAAGGAUAUCCUUAACCUCCUAUGUAACCUGGAUUUAAUCCUCCACCUAUCUAAGGUUAUCCAUAGCAAGCAAUGCCAGGAUAUCCAAUUGCUCCUGUAUAAGGAUAUCCUUAAUAACCAUAUUAUCCACCAACUCAAUAAGGAUAUCCUUAACCAGGCUUUUAAGCAUUCUAAGGAGGUAUUAUAUAUCAAGGAAGGUAAUUACCAAGAUUGAAUUGUAAUCCUCAUUGCCAUAAAUGCCAUGGAACAGGAUAUAAAAAAAAACAUGGAAGACCUUGCGGAGACUGCUAUUAAAAUGCAGGAUAUUGUAAAAAAUGCUUUGGAACAAAUUGGUACUUUAAAAAAAAUGAAAAUUGUCAUCAUAAUUACCCUAAAAAAUUCAAGCAUUAUUGAGUUAACUAAGUUAACUUUUUAAAUGAAAAUAAAAAUAAUAUUAAAAAAAAAAAAAAAUUUAAUUAAGUAUAUAUUUUAUAUAAUUAAUAAUAAUUUUUUUUUUAUUAUUUU